AUGCCUGCCGGGGACACGAUUGACAAGUCCCUCUCUGAGGCACAGCUUAGAGAUGGUUCAUACGACAUGAAGUAUUACGAAGAUGUAUCUCUCGAUGAGAAGAGGGGUAUCAAGCCGCGUCCAGAUGCGCCGACCGACGAAGAGCUGCAAACGCUGAGAAGAGUUUCGGACCACAUUCCCUUCAAGCUCUUCACCAUCGCCUUCGUCGAGCUGUGCGAGCGCUUCUCGUACUACGGCUCCGUCAUUGUCGUAAGUAGACUCGAUGCCUGCACUGUGCAGAAGAGGCUAACAGUCGAAGUCCUAGUCACCAACUUCAUCCAGCAACCCCUACCAGGUGGCUCGACGACCGGCGCAGCGCCCAAUGGCCAACCCGGUGCCCUCGGAAUGGGCCAGCAGGCGUCCACGGGUAUAACAACCUUUAAUCAAUUCUGGCAGUAUUUCAUGCCCCUCUUCGGCGCCUGGGUCGCCGACAAGUACUGGGGACGGUACAAGACCAUUUGCAUUUCCAUCGCCGUCGACCUCGUAGGCCACUUGAUUCUCAUCACCGCUGCUAUUCCGCCCGUCAUCACCAAGCCGUCCGGAAACUCACUGUCGGCGCUUCUCAUCGGUAUGAUAACAAUUGGAUUUGCUACGGGAGGUUUCAAACCCAACGUCAGUCCAUUGAUCGCGGAGCAGCUCGAGCUUGAUCACUUGAUCGUACGGACGCUCCCGACGGGGGAAAAAGUCGUUGUUGACCCCGCCAUCACCAUCAACAGGGUUUACAACUGGUUUUAUAUGUUCAUCAACGUCGGUGCUUUAGUCGGCCAGAUCUCAAUGGUCUAUGCCGAGAAGUACGUCGGUUUCUGGUUGAGCUUCACACUGCCGACCUGUAUGCUGGCGCUAUGUCCCCUGGUCAUGUGGUGGGGGAAGGGCAGGUAUCGCGAUACCCCCCCGACGGGCUCGGUUUUGGGUCCGGCUCUGCGGACGUUCGUCUUUGCUCAGAGGGGCAGAUGGUCGAUAAACCCUGUCAAGACUUGGAGGAAUAUGCACGACGGAACCUUUUGGGAGCGGGUCAAGCCUUCAAACUUCUCCGAUGCGACUCGGCCGAAGUGGAUGACAUUUGACGACGCCUGGGUCGAAGAGCUGCGCCGUGGUUUCGCGGCUUGUGCUGUGUUCUCAUGGUACCCCAUCUACUGGCUCUCGUAUAACCAACUGAACAACAACCUCGUCUCCCAAGCCGCAACGAUGCAGCUCAACGGCCUCCCCAACGAUAUCCUCUCCAACCUCGACCCCAUAGCACUCAUUCUCUUCAUUCCGCUCUGCGAUCUAGUCCUCUACCCGACGCUCCGCAAGCUCAGAAUCCCCUUCACGCCCAUCAAGAAGAUCGCCUUUGGCUUCUUCACGGGCUCCAUGGCCAUGGUCUGGGCCUGCGUGCUGCAAUACUACAUUUACCAGCGCUCCGCGUGCGGCCAGUUCGCCUCGGGCACCUUGCCAAACGGCGAGGCCUGCCCACCCGUCGACAUCCUCGUCUGGGCCCAGACCGGCGCCUACGUUCUCAUCGCCCUAUCCGAGAUCUUUGCCAGCAUUACCAGCCUCGAGUACGCCUUCAGCAAGGCGCCCAAGAACAUGCGUUCCAUGGUCCAGGCCGUCGCGCUCUUCAUGUCUGCCAUCUCCGCGGCGCUGGGUCAGGCGUUCACGCCGCUAAGUACCGACCCGUACCUGGUGUGGAACUAUGGUAUCGUGGCCGUGCUGGCUGCCGUUGCGGGUGUUCUUUUCUGGUUCCAGUUCAGGGAUUUGGACAAGGAGGAGGAUGCAAUGAAUGAGUUGCCCGAGGGGCGUGUUGGGCUGGGUGCUGCUGCUGAGACGUCGCGUAUGGAUAACAACGGAAAGGGUAACUAA